AUGCGCUUCAACAUCAUCUCCGCGCUCCUCCUUCUCAGUAUCGGCGUCGAAGCCGGUUGCAAAAAGGGCAUUUUCUGUGGUAAAUGCAAUGGCAGUUCGUGCAAAGUCGGAGGAAUCAACUACCACUGCAAAUUCGGCGAUUGCGAUGGCGAAGAAGGCGGCGACGGCAAAUAUUGCUUCUCCAAGUUCAACGUCGACGGCCCGUAUAUCUGUCCGGGCGCCCCCAUGUACGGUCUAAGGGUUGCGCAGUCAUAA